GCAGGUCAUUUUAUCUUUGAUUUUUGUAGCAAUCAUGAACAAGUCCUCGAAUCAUUGAGAUUAUUUUUUCAGACGCAAAUUUGAUAUAAAGAAGAGCAGCUCAGCAUAAUCUUCUUUUCAAAUCUCGCUCCUUAUGUCCAUGGCCGUUGUGUAGCACGAGCAAUAGAAGAUUUAAAUUAUCAAACAUUUGAUCUUCGGCCGCUAUCAAAUCGAGUGUGGUUAAUGUGAGUAGCAUAAGACGAAUGCUCUGCUGUUUAGUAAUUUCGAUUUGCACUACCAGCGCAAUGGAAUGCAAAAAGAAGGGCAAACUUCAAUACUAAAGGACUGAAGUUUGCAGCAUUUAUCUAUCGUAUAUAUUUACGUGCAAUUCGAUUGGAAAGCUGCGCUGAUCGAGCGAUUUAUCGUGCUGUACGAUCGUACAGGUUCUUCAUAACAAAGGAGGCCUCACCUGAUUAAAAUUGCAUGGUCAAAACGCCAUUGAAAUGAGCUCAAUGGCUACAUGAGUACCACUGAGAAGGCUACUCGAUUAUAGCAAUGGAUAGCGCGGCAGUGUUUAAUUAUUUGAAUAUUCUUGAGCAUCGAGUUGAAAAGUGCACUAGACGAAUUUACUAGACGAUGUUAUAAGGAAUCAACCCGUAGGGUCAUAUUGGUAGCGAUGCCGUGUAGAUUAAUGUUACGUUUCCAUUAAUAGCUCAUAAGAACGGCUCUUGAGAUUGUUCUCCAUCAAAAGAUCAUCACAGUGUUUGUUUCUAAUUACUUCACUCAACUAGACUCUAGGUUGUUACGCAUGCUUACCUCUUUAAACUUGUAUGCGAAGGCACCUCUUUAAAAAACUUAGUUGAGCGUAAGAUGGCCAUAUCAAAUCAAACUUUCAGCGCCGGUGUUGACGUACAGUUGGUGUUAGGUCGGCUGCCGAGUCUCAUGUUGGUUCCUUCCGCUCCAUGGGACGACUUAGGUGCUACUUUUGCGAUUCAUACGAUUUAUUUUGAGGUGGUGUGGGAUGAGUCUAUUGACAGGGGUUUCAAGCGGAUGUAUUUCGGUAUGGCGGCACUUUUCUACAGCAUUAGUUGUGCGCACUUUACCAGCGAGAUUUCAUAACAAUCAAGAUUACAA